CACUGGAAGGGCACACUAAAAGGAACGUUAUCAUGUUUUCUCCACUGGAAGGGCACAUUAGAGGGGGGAACGUUAUCAUGUUUUUUUUCCACUGCAGGGCACACUAGAGGGAACGUUAUCAUGUUUUCUCCACUGCAAAGGCAAACUAAGGGGAAUGUUAUCAUGUUUUCUCCACUGGAAGGGCACACAAGAGGGAACGUUAUCAUGUUUUCUCGACUGGAAGGGCAUACCCGAGGGAACGUUAUCAUGUUUUUUCCACUGCAAAGGCACACUAGAGGGAACGUUAUCAUGUUUUCUCCACUGCAAAGGCAAACUAAAGGGAACGUUAUCAUGUUUUCUCCACUGGAAGGGCACACAAGAGGGAACGUUAUCAUGUUUUCUCGACUGGAAGGGCAUACCCGAGGGAACGUUAUCAUGUUUUUUCCACUGCAAAGGCACACUAGAGGGAACGUUAUCAUGUUUUCUCCACUGCAAAGGCACACCAGAGGGAACGUUAUCAUGUUUUUUCCACUGCAAAGGCACACUAGAGGGAACGUUAUCAUGUUUUCUCCACUGCAAAGGCAAACUAGAGGGAACAUUAUCAUGUUUUCUCCACUGGAAGGGCACACAAGAGGGAACGUUAUCAUGUUUUCUCCACUGGAAGGGCAUACCUGAGGGAACGUUAUCAUGUUUUCUCCACUGGAAGGGCACACUAGAGGAAAGGUUAUCAAGUUUUCUCCAUUGGAAGGGCACUCUAGAGGGAACAUUAUCAUGUUUUCUUGACUGGAAGUGCACACUAGAGGGAACAUUAUCAUGUUUUCUUGACUGGAAGUGCACACUAGAGGGAACAUUAUCAUGUUUUCUCCACUGUAAGGGCAUACUAGAGGGAACGCUAUCACGCUUUCUCCACUAGAAGUGCACACUAGAGGGAAUGUCAUCAUGUUUAUGAUUAUAGUGAUAACAUUUCCGGGCAAAUCAAUCAAUCAGUUGAUUCUACAGAAAGGACAAUGUUAUAUAUAUAUAUAUGCACUUAUGUAAAGAAUAUUGUUUCUCUUACAGGGCAAAGUCACCAACCCCCAGAGCUGAGGAUUGUGUUGAUAGGUGGAAGAGAAUUAACCGGUAGUUCCAGUAAUAAGAGUGCCAGUGGCAACAUAAUACUGGGUCACAGUGUUUUUGAAACAAACAGAAGAACUGCCGAGAGUGUCGUGAGGCAGCAGGAGGUACAUGGCAGACAAGUCACUGUGGUUGAUACUCCAGGCUGGUGGUGGCACUACCCACGAGAAAACACCCCACAGCUGGAUCAGAUGGAAAUCAAGUACAGUGUCCAUCUGUGUCCCCCGGGGCCUCACACCUUUCUCCUAGUCAUUCCUGUUGGUUUAAUAUUUCCGGAGAUCUUCAAACAAUCACUAGAGGAGCACCUGCAACUCUUCCACGAAGGAGUGUUUCAGCGCACCAUCGUGCUGUUUACUGUAGAUUAUCCAUUUAGUGAGAAAAGUUUAGAAUAUGAAAUCAGUGAGUGGCCAGCGCUUCAGCGCCUUCUUCAGCAAUGUGGAAACCGAAAGCAUCUUCUCAACAUCAGCAACAGAGAGGAUAGCACUCAAGUCAUAAAGCUUUUCAAGAAAAUAGAGGCACUGGUUGCAAAAAAUGGUGGCAGUCACUAUUCUAUUGACAGUGCUGAGGGGAACGCUCUGAGAGAGAAAAUGGCCACAAUGGUUGAAAGAGCAUCAAAGAGGUUUGCUGAAGUGCAGACAAAAAGAAGAGAACUCAAAGCCCUGAUCGAAGGUGGUAAAACGCCCCCAACACAUUUGAGAAUAGUGAUGGUUGGAGCACAGUGGUCAGCCAAGAGCUCAGCGGGCAACACCAUCCUGAGAAAAAAAGCAUUUGCUGUUUCUCACAGAAGAACAACGGAGUUCUGCGAAAUAAGCCACAACACGGUGGUACGCAGGCAGCUCACAGUGGUAGAUUCUCCCGGCUGGUACUACAACAACACCCUUCAGGACAUGUGUGAGAUGGAUAAACUUGAAAUAGAAAACAGCAUGCACCUGUGCCCUCCGGGACCCCACGCAGUGCUGCUCGUGGUCGGCCUGUCAUCCGCGUUCAACGCGUCGUACCUGAGAGCGGUCCGGGAGCACAUGAGCCUGUUCACGGAUGAAGUCUGGAAGCACACGGUCGUUCUGUUCACCAGAGGUGACUGGCUGGGAGUGAAGACUGUGGAAGAGCGAAUCGAGAGCGAGAAAGAUCUGCAGUGGCUUGUGGAGAGGUGUGGGAACAUGUAUCACGUCCUGGACAACACAAACCGCUGCGAUGACACGCAGGUGACGGAGCUCCUUGAGAAGAUCGAAGAGAUGUGGGCAGGAAACAAAGAUCCUCAUUAUGAAUCGGACCUGGGCCGUGCAGAGCAGAUGGAGGCAAGGAAAGAGGCUGAAGGCAAUGUGGCGAAAAGGAUCAGGCAGACAGCCCAAAGACAAGAAAGAAUACUAAAAGAGUUGUUUAGAGGUGAGAGGCAACCAAUCACUGACAUGAGGGUUGUACUUGUUGGCAGAAAAGAGUCGGGGAAGAGUAUGGUAGGAAACAGGAUCCUUUUUGACGAUCUAUUUGACUCCGCUUGGAUGAAGAAGGAAUUCCAGGGUCAGCGAGGAAACACGGUGUGUGUGAAACAUGAAAGGAAUGCGUAUGGCGUAAACAUCUCAGUCGUUGAGACACCAGGCUGGUUUGCAGACGAGAUGAUAUCCGACCGGCUCAAGAGUGAAGUCUUGCGCAGCAUCUCCAUGUGUGCUCCGGGCCCUCACGCUUUCCUCUUGGUUGUUCCCAUUUCCAAACCCUUUACAGAGAACGAGUACAGAGCGAUGCUCGAGCUCUUGAUGCCAUUUGGCGAGAGAGUCUGGAGACACUGCAUGGUGCUGUUCACCUGGGCAGACUGGCUGAACAACAGGUCCAUUGAGGAGCACAUCACCACUGAAGGCAAAGCCCUACAGCGGCUCGUGGAAAAGUGUGGGUACAGGUACCACACUCUCAGCGGCAGUCGUUUUGGCUAUGGUUUUCCAGCCAUGGAGGUGUUCCAGAAAAUGACUGAUAUGAUAACGCGAAACAAGGGCCACCACUUCGGCGCUGAAAACAAACUGGGGAAAAAGCAGAAGCCGACGCUGACCUGGCAAGAGUGGAACAGGAGGGAGCAAGAGCUCAUAGACCGGAUGUUGAAAGCUUUAGCGCAAGAGCCCGAGGAACCAACGGUGCCAUCCAUGAAGAUGACGGCUAGCUUCGAUGGAGCCUUCAUUCCAAGCAUGAGUGGAGAUGUUCACUCAGAAGUUGGGAGCACAUAUUGUAAUCACAGAGCCCACGCCAGGGUAGCUGAAUGGCUGAGCCUCAGAGUCGGGAACUCUGACGUCACCUUCGGGAACUCUGACGUCACCUCCGGGGUCGACAGCAUGAGCGCCUCUGCCAGUCACGUGGAGAAGAUGGAUGAAGGCCUCCUGACAGACGACAAUCAUCACCCAGUGGCUACGUUUUUCCCAGAAAAAGACAAAAUGAAGUUCGACGCUGUUCGCAUUGGCGGGGUCCACACUGUAGAAACCCAACGCAGGCACUCUUUUUAAGCAAAACAGAUGUGUUGCACACACAAGCAGGCUGUCAAGAAAAUGGAUCAAAUCCAGUAGUUUCUGAUGUCUGAUGAACAGGAAAUUUCCUGAUCUUUUAACAAGCAUAAAUACUGUUUAUUUUAUGUUAAAGGACCCAAAUCUUGCUCAUUUUCAGGUUCAUACUUAUAUUUUGUGUGUCUACUAGAACAUGUU